AGUAGUAAUGUGAUGUGUGUCCCGAGGGAUGUUUGAUGGAUUAAUGCUGAGCAGCUCCAUUGCGAUGUACCACCUGAUCUCACUCCCACCGUCUGCCUCUAUAAAACCUGCCUGACUGCUGAUCUCAGCUAGUCUCUCAGUCUCUCCUCUCUGUCUGUCUGUCUCUCUUUCUUCCUCUCUCUCUCUUCUCUAUCUCUUCCUCCUCUCAGCCGCCUCUGCUGCAGGCCAGGAGCUAUCCAGUGCUGAACAAGUGAAUUUUUUAUUUUUUCCAGCAGCGUAAGCGGUUGUGUGUGUGUACAGUAGCAGGCACACACGCACACACACACACACAGUAUUGUACCACCAGACAUCUCUCUCUCCUCCUUCGUGCUCUUCAUUUUUCCUUUAUCUAGACAUUGUUUAAUUUUUUUUAUUUCUGGAACGUGGAUCUUUUUUUUUUUUUAUAUACAACGGAUUUCAUUCGGGACGAUUUUUUCACCAGGGUUUUUGUGUGUGUGCAUGUGUGUCCGUCUGCGGCCGAUGUGAAGGAUUUCUGGUGCGUCUGUGUCCGUGCGACCGUGUGAACCAUGCCUCGCUCAUUUCUGGUGAAGAAAAUCAAACUGGAUGAUUUCUUCUCGUCUCCUGUGUCAGCAUCUAAUCAUCAUCACCAUCAUCAUCUCGAUGACUCCUUCACACGCUCUCGCUCCAGCCUGGGCGUCCGGCUUUGUGAAAAUGGGUACAUCCAGGAUUACAUCAGCUCUUCUGAAUACACAGAGGAGAAGCAGGCCGACACGAAGCUGAGCUCGGAUCCGUUGUACUCCCCAGUCAGCAGCGGAGGAGGGGAAUACUGCCCACCAGACUUGGAGCACCCAGACAGCCCUCAGUCCGGCCUCACGGCCCGCGAGUACUUCAGCAGCGAGAGCGAAUCUCUCAGUGAGGGAUACACCAUGGAUGCAUUCUUCAUAUCUGACGGCCGAUCAAGGAGAAAGGGAGAGGUCACGGAAGCAAGGAAAGCCGAAACAGAGGAGAAAGAAGAGGCCGAGGUGAACAACGGAGGUCCCCGACACACCUGCAACGAAUGCGGAAAGACCUACGCCACUUCAUCCAACCUGAGCCGACACAAGCAGACCCACCGCAGCCUUGACAGCAAGAUGGCACGCAAGUGUCCCACCUGCAGCAAGGUUUACGUGUCCAUGCCGGCGCUGGCCAUGCACAUCCUCACUCACGACCUCAAGCACAAAUGUCACGUGUGCAGCAAAGCCUUCAGUCGGCCCUGGCUUCUUCAGGGGCACAUGCGAUCGCAUACGGGAGAAAAACCCUUCGCCUGCGCCCACUGUGGGAAAGCCUUCGCCGACCGAUCCAACCUACGAGCGCACAUGCAGACACAUUCGGCCUUCAAACACUACAGCUGCAAGCGCUGCAAUAAGACCUUCGCGCUGAAGUCCUACCUGAACAAGCACUACGAGUCCGCCUGCUUCAGAGGCUCCGGAGACGAGGAUGAGUCUGGCUCCGAGAAUUAGCAAAAAGAAGAAAUGAAGAUGAGUUAAUGCUCUCAAAAAUCCCCCCACAGACUCCCUACACAUACCCCACUUUCCCUUUUUUAGAAAGCAAUAUUUUGACCAAGAAAAAAACCAAACCAACCCAAUAAUAAGAAGACAAUAAUGAAUAGAUGCUGGAUUUUUUUCCUUGGUAAAAAAAAAAAGACCCUCUCAUAUAGAAACGAACAAUUAUGAGGCCAGGCAUGCAAAUUUUUAUGAACAUAAUACUAUUAAUAACGAUAGUAAUAAUAUUUAGAUUCCUGAUGUUUUAUAGAAAAUUAUGAAAAAAGACAUAAAAAAAAUUACAGCAACAGGUUUGUGCUUUUUGAGAAAUGAAAUCAAUUUGUAUUUUUAUGCUGCUCUUUUAUUUUGAAUUCUUUUGCAACUGCCAACACAAACUUUUUAUGAAAAUGUGAAUAAUGACAGUAUUUGCAAAAAAAAAAAAAAAAAAGAUUGUAGACCUCUGAAAAGGUACAACCUUUUGUUACACUUUUGGUAUUUUAUUUAUAAUUGUUAUUUUUAUAUUCAAAGUUUCCUGCAGUUUCUUGGUUCCAUUAUUUAUUUGUUUAUUUAUUUAUUUAUUUAUUGUGCCAAUCAUGUCCUGUAACUAUGUGAGCAGAGGAACCAUCGCUCUGUUUACCAUAUGGAGGAAACAGCACUCAAGACUAAACAUUUCAAUGAUCUCCAAACAUUUGAAACACUCAUGAUACGGACGACAGGGACUUUCAGCAACAUCUUUAGCAGAUCUCUGGUCGCUCCUCUGCUGGGCUUCCUCACACUAAAACAGACUGCAUGUGCUCCAGAUGCCUGGAGCCCCGCCCCUUGUCUUCCUGCUCCUUGAUUACCUCACCCAGAGGCAGGUAUGACCUCUAACCUCUGCUCUGUACACGCUCUCAAAGCCCAUCACACAAACCUCAUUUCUACCAUUCCAGUAUUGUUGAGUAUUUAUGCAUUUAUUUAUGCACUAUUUCCAUUUCCUUAUUUAUUUCAUGUGUAUUUAUUUAUUUAUGUACCUAUCUAUCUAUUUAUUUAUUUAUCCUCUGUGUCAUUGGAUAAUGAACUGCCGUUGACCUUUUAAGAUGCUGCUCUUUAAUGAAAAUCUUUAUAUGCAUGAUUCAGCUGUAGAGGGAUUUUAUUCUUUUUCGAGAGGGACGGUAUGCAGUGUUUGAAAGCAGAUGAAUUCAGGUGAUGAUGCUUUGUUUAAUGGGCAAUAAUUCUUCUUAGGAACAGCAACUUGUAUAAUCACAGCUGUCCUGUUAGCAGUCAAUGUAGGGCAAUAAACAAAAACCUCCUUACUAUCUCAAA